ACACACACACACACUAGCCGUUAAUAAUUUCGUAACGGUCGCCUUUUUUUGAAAUUAAAAUCCCAAACCUCAAAAAACAAUUUUCUUCCAGGAAAGAGAUCUCUCUCUCUCUCUCUCUCUCUCUCUCUCUCUCUCUUAAUUCUUUUGCUUCUGAAAUUGGAUUCUCACUCUCUGUAAGAACACAAAGCAAAGAGAGAAAGCUAAAUCUUCCACCAAAUAUGGCUUCCAACAAAGAAUACAGAUUCAAAUACGAAGAAGAGGAGCCCAAAAUACCGGUCUUCACAGUCCUCAAGAACGGAGCUAUUCUGAAGAACAUCUUCAUCGUCAACAACAAUUCCCCAUGUUCAAACCCUAACCCUCCUCCACCAUCAUCACAGAUUCCCAAUCAAGACAACGAAGAAAUCGUGACCGUCGGACGACAUCCCGAUUCCCAUAUCAUGCUGACGCAUCCCAGCAUCAGCAGAUCCCACCUCCACAUUCGCUCUAACCCUUCUUCACACACCCUAUGCGUAUUCGAUUUAGGAUCCACUCAUGGGACAUGGGUUUGCGAUGAGAGGAUCGAGCCUAGGGUUCGGGUGCAACUCAAGGAAGGAGACACUUUGAGAGUUGGUGCUUCCACCAGGGUCUAUAGGCUUCACUGGAUUCCCUUGAGUCGCGCUUACCAUUUCGAAAACCCAUUAGCUUCAAUGGAUGUGGCAAUGGCGGAAGAGAAAGAAGGAGGAAAUGGAGUUGCUGAAGAAGAAAAUUCCAUGGAGGUAUGCGAGGAUGAGAAGAAAUCUUUGCCCAUUGAAGAGGAAAUUACAUUGGAGAGUGAGAAUUGUUUAGGAGGUGAAAGUCAAGAAAUUCAGUCUCUGGAUUCGAUUGUUGAGGAAAUAAAUUCUUUGUUUUCUGAUGAGAAUUUGGGAUCAAUAUCUGGAUUGAAUCUGGAGGAGAAUGCAGUGACUGAACAUGAAAAUGCCAUGGAGGGUUACGAGGAUAAAAAAUCUUUUCAAAUUGAAAAUACAUAUGUUGAAGAGAAAGAUACAUUUGCGGUGGAAAGAAAAAGAGAAGAACUAUUUGAGAGUGAGAAUUCUUUGGGGGCUGAAAAAAAUGGAGAAGAAAUAUUUGAGAGUGAGCGUUCUUUGGGGUCUGAAAGAAAAGGAGAAGAAAUAUUUGAGAGUGAGAAUUCUUUGGGGGCUGAAAGUCAAGAAAUUCAAUCUCUGGAUUCAAUUGAAGAGGGUCUAAAUUCUUUGUUUUUUGAUGAGGAUUUGGGAUCAGUUGUUAAGAGGACCCCAUCAGCGCCUCCAAUGCCUGAAAAUUUAGUUUUUACACUUUAUGAUGAAAAUGAAGAACUUUAUGAAAGCCCUUUGAAAGAUUUUUGUGAACAGAACGAGAUUUUACGCCAAAGGGAUGAACCACUGAACUUCCCUUUGCAUAUUGAGGGAAUUACCUUGGGGAGUGAGAAUCCAGAGAAUGAUGUAGAAGAGUUCUCUUCAAAAGGACUAGAGAAAGAGCAGGAAGCGGAAGCAGAUCUUACUGCUGAUUCACCUGGCAAAAUAGAGAAUGAAAUACCAUUCCUAGAUGACCCGCUGAACUUCCCUUUGCAUGUUGAGGGAAUUACCUUGGAGAGUGAGAAUCCAGAAAAUGAUGUAGAAGAGUUCUCUUCAAAAGGACUAGAGAAAGAGGAGGAAGAGGAAGCAGAUCUUACUGCUGAAUUACCUGGCAAAAUAGAGAAUGAAAUACCAUUCCUAGAUGACCAUGCAAAGUCAGAGAAAAUAUCUCUGCCAGCUGAGGAAGUCACUGGGGAGACUGGAAAUCAAGAAAUUGGCAUAGAAAGCCUUGUUCCAGAACCUGACUGUUUGUUACUUUCGCAAUCUCAUCAAGCAAAGCGAGAGAGUGAAGCGGACCAUCCAGAAUCUGAAGGACUUGAAAAUGAAGACCAGAUGGUAUCUCUGAACCAUCCAUUUGGGGAAGUCAGUUGGGAGAUUGGAAAUCAAGAAGUUGGCAUAGAAAAUCUUACCCUAGAACCUGUCUGUUCUUUACAUCUGCUCUCGCAUCAAAGAAAGGAAGAGAAUUUGACACCAGAGCAAAAGUUGAGUUCUGUGGUCAAUCUUAAUUCUGUAUUUUUGAAGGAAGCAGAACAUCCAGCAUCUGAAGGACUUGAAAAUGAAGACCAGAUGGUAGCUCUGAACCAUCCAUUUGGUGAAAUCAUUGGGCAGACUAAAAGUCAAGAAAUUGGCAUAGAAGAUCUUAUCCCAGAACCUGUCCAUUCUUUACAUUCCCUAUCUCAUCAAGCAAAGCAAGAGAGUUUGACACCAGAGCAAAAGUUGAGUUCUGUGGUUGAUCUUAACCCUGCAUUUUUGAAUGUAGCAGAUCAUCCCUCUGAAGGACUUGAAAAUGAAGACCAGAUUGUAUCUCUGAACGGUCAUGGCAAGGAUGGCCCAAUCGAGUAUUCUGCACAAUCUAUGACAGAAUCUGUAAACUUACCUCUGCCAGGUGAUGAAGUUUUCUGGGAGUUUACAGAUGACAAAGAGAACCAAACCCCACAAUCUCUCUUUGCUGCGACAUGUCUGCCUCAAGUAGAAAAGUUGAGUUCUGUGGUGGAUCUUUAUUCUGCUUGUUCCAAUGAAGCAGAUCAUCCAGCAUCUGAAGGACUUGAAACAAAUGAAAACCAGAAUGUAUCUAUGAAAGACCAUGAACAGAAAGAUGUCCUGGUCGAGUAUUCUGCACCAUUCAUGACAGAAUAUGUAAACUCAUCUCUGCCAUCUGAAGAAGAUCUCUUAAAUAUUACAUAUAACGAAGAGAACCAAACCCUACAAUCUCUCUUUGCUGCAACACAUGUGCCUCAAGUAGAGAAGUUGAGUUGUAUGGUGAAUCUUAAUUCCACAUGUUACAGUGAAGCAGACCAUCCAGCAUCCAAAGGACUUGAGAAGAAUGAAGACCAGAAUGUGUUUGUAGAAGACCAUGAACACAAGGAUGUCCUGGUCGAGUAUUCUGCACCAUUCAUGGCAGAAUCUGCAAAGUCAUCUUUGCCAUCUAAGGAAGAUCUCUUGGAAAUUACAAAUGACAAAGAGAACCAAACCCCUCGAUGUCAUGUUUCUGAGACAAAACUGCCUCAAUUAGAAAAAAGCUCCCCAGAGAUAUCAGAUAAGAUGUCAAGCUUUGGAAGCAUUUGGUCAAGGAGGGGUAAACCUGCAAGUGUUCUUCAGAUUCAAACAGGUCGGAGUGGAAGAAAAUCCAAAAAAGAUGUUGUUCAUGCUGAAGUUGAAAGGCAUAAUGAGGAGGAUACAAAAGACAAAUCCAUUUCAAAGGAACUUUUCUCAUGUUUAAGUGAAGAGGAAGAAGAGAUCUUUACUCCAGACAAGGAGAACUUCACCCCAAAUACCCUGAUAUUGAAGUCCUUGAAAAAGAUGGGUAAGCUAGAAGAAGUGAAGCAUUUCGAAUCAUGCAGAUCAUCCACAUCAAAUAUUACUAUAAGAUCCAAUGUCCAUCCAGAAGGGCACCUGUCUCCAGACGAAAAUAAUCAAACAACAGGAAUUCUCAAAGAACGAAAAUCUGUAAAGCCUACCUCUGGCAAUCCAGUGCUUCUUGAACAAGGAUCCAUGGUCAAGAAGAAAAGAAGACCAGAAAGAGUGCCAUUUCAAUCUCUGUCUGUGAACUCUGCAAGUAAGACCAUAUCUGAAGCUUUGGGUCCUAAAACUGCAACAAGAAGCAAUGCUUCUGUCAAUUAUACUCAAACUAUGGUGAAGAAAGUCAGCAGUCCACUUUCUAACAAUUCUGUUCAAGACAAUAAUAAGAGGGGCUGGAUUAUGGUAGUAGACACUGCUACCCUUCUGGACAAGAAGUCGAGGAAGUACCUGGAGCUUUUACAAGGUCUUAAGGGAACUCAUUUAAUCAUUCCAAGAAUGGUUUUACGGGAACUGGAUUGUUUGAAGCAGCGCAGCAGACUAUUCAGUAGGAAGACAGAGGCUUCUUUGGUGUUAGAAUGGAUUGAAGAGUGUAUGGUAAAAACAAAUUGGUGGGUUAGUGUCCAGAGCUCUGAGGAAGACAGAAGGCUUACUGCUCCUACCCCUUUAGCUUACCCUCAGUCUCCAUUUAGUGAUGGGAGUGAUGGCUUUACCUGUGGGACAAGGCCACUUUUGAGCCUUAGAAGUAUAAUGGAAAUUGUUUCACCAACCGCAGAAGACCAUAUCCUUGACUGUGCUCUUCUAUGUAGGGAAACACAGAGUGAUAAACAACUUGUCAUUCUAAGUGACGAUGUCUUGUUGAAGAUCAAGGCCAUGGCAGAGGGUUUGAUCUGUGAGCCAGUUAAAGAAUUCCGUGAGAGUUUGGUAAACCCCUUUUCUGAGAGGUUUUUGUGGACUGACAGCUCUCCUAGAGGGCUAACGUGGUCUUACUUGGAUGACAUAAUAUUGAGGGAGAAGUAUAAUCGUUGUCCAUUGAAGAAUUCAUCCAAGGGAGAAAAUGCAAAGGGUUUGAAGCUCAUUCUGCUCCACAAUUCUCAUUAUAGGCAGUUCACUCCAAUCAGCUAAAGCAAUUUAGUCUGUAUUGCAACUGGCAAUACGCUUUCUUUUCUUUUUCUUCUUCCAAAUGUUGAUUGCAGUCGAGUUUUUUGGGGAUUAUUUUAGUCCCUGGUUGUGGUGUUUGCUAAACUCAACUUUUUAUGGACAAAUUUCUUGUAUAUAUGGAAUAGUUGAGCGUACAGUUUAUGGCUGCAUUAUGCAUUAAAUAGGGUUCUAUCA